AGCAACCUUUGCAAGGAGCAGGUGCCUGCCAAACCUGCCAGGUGCUGGACUCCACCUCCAGGAAAUGCUGAGCCCAAGGGCACCCCGACUGCUGACUUUGCAGCGCUCCUUUCAGGUUCGCAGCUCUCAGGCCAUGUCUCAAGGAGGAAACGGUGCCACCCCGCCUCCUCCUCACCGUGGCUUCAUCCUUGGCGUGGACCAUGUGGUGAUGACCGUGACGAGCAUUGCAGACACUGUGGCCUUCUACUCCAAGGUGCUGGGCAUGGAGGUGGUCUCCUUCAAGGGAAACCGCAAAGCCUUGCAUUUUGGGAAACAGAAGAUCAACCUCCAUGAAACGGGGAAGGAGUUUGAGCCCAAAGCCCUCUGUCCCACGCCGGGCUCCUUGGACAUCUGCUUCAUCACGGAAAUGCCUCUGGAGACGCUCACAGAGCACUUGAGGGCCUGUGGGGUCAAAAUUGAAGACGGUCCGGUGUCCAGAACAGGGGCAAUGGGUCCAAUAAGGUCCGUUUACUUCCGAGAUCCUGACCAGAACCUUCUAGAAGUCUCUAACUAUGACAAAGAGUGAGAGCCAUAAUAAAUUCUUCUCUGCAUCAGCAA